AUGUGGGGUGGUCAAGGGCUAUUGGGUGUGUCGAUUCGAUUCUGUUCAUUCGAAGGAGCGCGAGAGAACGUAUGGCACGUGUUGACCGUACAGCCGAAUUCACCGGCCGCAAUUGCUGGCUUGUGCACGAACACUGAUUAUAUUCUGGGCGCUGAAUCUGUUCUUAAUCAGGCAGAUGACCUUAUUGCGCACGUUCAAGCGAAUGAAGGCAAACCGUUGAAGUUGUACGUUUAUAACAUCGAAUUGGAUUCAGUACGAGAAGUUAGUCAGAAAUUCAAUUAUUAUUGCCCUUUAAAGCAAUAA